UCAAUUACCCAUAAUGCUUGUGGAGCGCCUUCAAAUAUGGCGACUUCCUGCGAUACGGUGGUGAAUGUUAUUGUGCAGCCUCUUCGGGAGACUUUAAACUCAUUAGGCUUUGAAGUUUAUCCUUUAAAGAUAGGAUGGUACAAUGCAGUUGUUUCUCAGGCGCAUCAGCUUCAGUAUUCAGCGGAUACUCUGGCACUGGUGGUCCUGAGCACGCCGUCCAUGUUCGAGAAAGUGUUUCUGCCUUUCCUGCGGACAGGCUGCUGCAAAGGUGUCAGAGAUCCUGUAGAUCAGUGUGUAGCCCAGACCAUCAAAUCCUGCGUCUCUAAGUGUCUUCCUGACCAAAGCGUAGAUAUCACCUUUGACUAUGAGUUGCUGCCCAACAGAAAGCCCAAGUUUCUGGCUCAGACUGCAGCUCAUGUAGCAGGAGCAGCACGUUACUACCAGCCAUCAGACAUUCAAGAUCCACCAUGGGGGAACAAGAAGAUGUUUGGAGUUUGCAUCCAUCCUCGGCUGGGGGGCUGGUUCGCUAUCCGGGCUUUGCUGGUGCUGAAAGGUGUAGAAGUGGGUGAAGCACUACAGCAGGUAGCUCCCCCUAACUGCGUUAGCUCACGGGAGGCCAGGAUAGAGCUUCUGGAGAGGUUUAACCUGUGCUGGCGUGACUGGACCUACAGAGACAUCAUACCCACAGAGGAGCGUUACUCCCCUCAGCAAAGAGAGUAUUUCAUUACCCCGCCAGACCAGCGGGGGGAGCUGCUGAGGCAGUGGGGCUUUCUACCUGAAGCAGAGACUGAGACUCAGACCUCAACCAACAAGCAAGGAUGAUGACCUUGGCAGCAUCCCAUUACUGUUUUGUCUCAAAUCCAAAAUCCACACUGGCAAUCUGAUAUACAUUAUUAGCCAAAGUGAAGGCACAAAAUGAAUGUAGUCCUCAGUAACGUUGAACUGCAGGGUCUUUGGUGCCGACUACAUUUUGUUGUCGUAUUUAAGAGAGAUUUACUAUUGAUUUGAUGAUUGUCAGUAACACACUGGUACUGCGUAUGGAUUGAUGAACCUCAGGUAAUUCAUGACACAAAUUACAAUGUAUAAUAUAUAUACUUUAUUUUACUAACAAAAUCAGUCACACAUUAAAAGGAAACAUAAAGUAA